CAGUGGGUCAGGUCUGCUCUGCUCACUCUAAUUUCCAUCCUGGUGUUUAAUAAUCCUAAUGAGUCAAAUAGCAUGUUUAUAAGUUCCUGCCAGCAGUAAGCCUCGACCAGCCAUGGGUACUAAUCCUGGGUGCUGUCAGAAAGUGCUUCUCCACCGUGACCUGACUGUUCUGCACAGCACACCUAGCAGGUAAAGCUUGUGCUCGGACAGCUUCCUGUCUGAGGGCAGAGACAUGCACACCAGCCCCAGCCUUCAGAGGGCCCAGUCUGACAAAGGAACAGUCCCUGUCCUGGGAGGCCCUUUGUCCAAGGUAAAGAGAGUUCUUGCAGCCUCCGGAAAAAGAAAAGGGUCCCUUGGAAAGUAUGAAUUUUUAUCUAUUAAGGGUCCCCGCAGUAUGUAAGUGUCAUAAGCAAUUACAAAAAUGUCGCGACGGUGGGUGCCACCGGAGGAGAGGCAGGGUCUCUGUGGGUGUGGUGCAGUCUGGAAGUCCCUUCUCUGCCUCCCCUACCAUUUCCCAGGUUCGUCCACCAUCUAGGCCACCAUUUUAUUGGCCUUUCUUAUAGCCAGCUGCCGACUUCACUGCCUCCCCUGUCUGACCGUGCUGAGCACUGGGCACAGUAAUUGAGGGGAGGAAGGUAAGAAGAAAAAGAACCCCACUCUCCAGGUGCAGAGAGUAGCCUCUGGCGGGGCCCAAGCUGACCUGGCUUCCUGAGACCUGGCAGCAUGUGGGCAGCGGGCAGCUCCUGGGUCAGGCUGCGCCCUCCCCUCCUCCUCCUCCUGCGCUGCAUUCACUUCAGACUGGGUGUGUCUGUGGCUCUCGUGGGAGAGGGAACAAGACAUUUCACAUGCACACACUCACACUCCUCCAACAGUCCUCUCCUCAUUGUUUGGGACGGAAUGGGUCCCCAGCUGAGGGGGCCAGGGCAGGAAGAGGUGGAGGACAAAAAGAACUAAGACCCAGUGGAUCUCGCCUGGGCCAGGAAGAGCCAAGCCUCAGCGUGCUUCCAGGACCUGCCUCUUCUCAUCAGGAUGAAGGCACUGAUUUCUUGGCCACUACUGCUUUUCCUCUGUGCCACCUCCUUCGGGGACCCACUGGCAAAGGUGGCACCUGUGGAUGAUCCUAGACCCAUAGGCCAGAGACUGGGACCUCUGAGGGCCCUGGACCCCUGGGAGCAGGACCUGCGGUGCACGGAGAGAAAGCCUGUCCCAGCCGGGCCGAGCCCUCGGGGGGCCUCGCUGUGUCCCCCUGGCGAGAGCUCUGCGGGGCCCCAGGUGAUGGGUCCAUGCUCCCCGCGCAGUCGCCUGAUCCCCGCGCCCCGGGGCGCGGUGCUGGUGCAGCGGGAGAAGGACCUGUCCUCCUACAACUGGAACUCUUUCGGUCUGCGCUAUGGCAAGCGGCAGACAGCGCCUGGAAGCCGCCGGGGAGGCGCUGAACCUGGCCCAGGGCGCAGGUGCGGGCAGUGAACUUCAAACCCCGACUAGAGGCCGAGCAUG